AUGUCCCUGCCUGGCCAGGACUGCCCAGCAGUAUCACCUGGGCCUGGAAGGAAGAGCUUCGACAUGAUCUACAAGAUCGAGGAUGUGCCCCCCUGGUACCUCUGCAUUUUGCUCGGCUUCCAGCACUACCUGACCUGCUUCAGCGGCACCAUCGCCGUGCCCUUCCUGCUGGCCGAGAGCCUGUGCGUGGGCAAGGACCAGUUCACCGUGAGCCAGCUCAUCGGCACCAUCUUCACCUGCGUCGGCCUCACCACGCUGGUGCAGACCACCGUGGGCAUCAGGCUGCCCCUCUUCCAGGCGAGCGCUCUGGCCUUCCUCGUCCCUGCCAAGUCCAUCCUGGCUCUGGAGAAGUGGAAGUGCCCACCGGAGGAGCAGAUCUACGGCAACUGGACGCUGCCGCUGAACACGUCGCACAUCUGGCAGCCACGGAUGAGAGAGAUCCAAGGGGCCAUCAUCGUGUCCAGCCUGGUGGAGGUGGUCAUCGGGCUGCUGGGGCUCCCCGGGGCGCUGCUCAGCUACAUCGGGCCGCUCACCGUCACCCCAACUGUGUCGCUCAUCGGCCUCUCCGUCUUCCAGGCGGCCGGCGAGCGGGCAGGAUCGCACUGGGGCAUCGCGGCGCUGACCAUCUUUCUGAUCGUGCUGUUUGCCCAGUACCUGCGGAACAUCACCCUGCGCCUGCCCGGCUACCGCUGGGGCCGGGGCUUCGUCCUCUUCCGCGUCCAGAUCUUCAAGAUGUUCCCGAUCAUCCUGGCCAUCAUGGUGGUGUGGCUGCUCUGCUACCUGCUCACGCGGGCAGAUGUCUUCCCCAGCCAGGCCGACGCCUACGGCUACAAGGCGCGGACGGAUGCGCGGGGCGAGAUCCUCUCCGUGGCACCCUGGUUCCGUGUCCCCUACCCGUGUGAGUGGCCGCCCGUGGGCCCCCCGCACUCCCCGCGUUGCCUGCGGCAGCAGGAGCUGUUCCAGGACGCGGGGAACCCAGCCGCGAUGAGAGUGGCGGGCGCCCCGGCCCCUCCCGUGCACGCCAUCAACAGGGGUAUUUUCACGGAAGGGAUCUCCUGCAUCAUAGCCGGGCUGCUGGGAACGGGCAACGGCUCCACCUCCUCCAGCCCCAACAUCGGCGUCCUGGGCAUCACGAAGGUGGGGAGCAGACGGGUGAUUCAGUACGGCGCAGGCAUCAUGCUCAUCCUAGGAAGCAUCGGCAAGUUCACCGCUCUGUUUGCCUCGCUCCCAGACCCCAUCCUCGGGGGGAUGUUCUGCACGUUAUUCGGCAUGAUCACAGCCGUCGGCCUCUCCAACCUGCAGUUUGUUGACAUGAACUCCUCCCGCAACCUCUUUGUCCUGGGAUUUGCCAUGUUUUUUGGGCUGACAUUGCCAAACUACUUGGAUUCCCACCCCAACGCCAUUAACACAGGUGUCCCGGAACUGGACCAAAUAUUUACAGUGCUCUUAACGACAGAGAUGUUUGUUGGGGGGACCAUUGCCUUCAUACUGGACAACACCAUCCCAGGGACGCAGGAGGAGCGGGGCCUGGUGCAGUGGAAGGCCGGGGCGCACUCGGACAGCACGACAACGGCGAGCUUGAAGAGCUACGAUUUCCCCUUCGGGAUGAGCAUUGUGAGGAAAAGCCGGUGGCUCAAGUACGUGCCCAUCUGCCCCGUCUUCCGAGGCUUUCCCUCGAGAACAAGGCGAAGCUGCGAAUCAACCGAGAGCGCCCACAGCAACGCAGACAACCUCUCCGUGUGCACAAAGGUCUGA